CGGCGCAAUUUAUCGCUCCGCCAGUGAAAAACUAGAUUGUUAUUGCGCAGGCGUCUUUUCAUUAGUUGCGGGGUCCACUCCUAACAAAGCCCGAUGGUAAUUAAUAUGGCGGAUUUGGGUAAGAAGUAUUGUGUAUAUUGCUUGGCGGAUGUGACUAGUUUAAGGAUUCGUUGUACAGAGUGUCAGGAUAUUGAGUUAUGCACGGAGUGUUUUUCAGCGGGAGCAGAAAUCGGCAACCAUCGCCGGUGGCACGGUUAUCAGCUAGUAGAUGGUGGACGUUUUACUCUAUGGGGUCUGGAGGCGGAGGGAGGCUGGACGAGCAGGGAAGAGCAAUUGCUGCUCGAUGCGAUCGAGCAGUAUGGCUUUGGAAAUUGGGAGGAUAUGGCAGCCCAUGUGGGAGCAUCAAGGAGUCCCCAAGAGGUGAUGGAACAUUAUGUGUGCAUGUAUAUCCAUGGAAACAUUGGAAAAGCUUGUAUUCCUGAUACUAUCCCUAACAGAGUGACAGACCAUACCUGUCCCAGUGGAGGUCCACUCUCACCAAGCAUUACAAUGCCACUGCCACCCUUGGAUAUCUCUGCUGCAGAGCAGCAACAGUUGGGAUAUAUGCCCCUGCGGGAUGACUAUGAGAUAGAGUAUGAUCAGGAUGCAGAAACUCUCAUAAGUAGUCUUUCAGUAAACUAUGAUGAUGACGAUGUGGAGAUUGAGUUAAAACGAGCCCAUGUGGAUAUGUAUGUGAGAAAACUGAGGGAAAGGCAGCGGAGAAAGAGGAUUGCUCGGGACUAUAAUCUAGUGACUGCAUUCUUGGGAAAGGAUAAAAAAGACAAGGAAAAGAUUCCUAAGCGAAAAAUUACCAAGGAAGAGAAAGAACUGCGAGUCAGAUUAAGACCACUGUGCCAAUUUGUGUCAUGUAAAGAGUUUGAAGAAUUCUUUGAAAGCAUGCAUAAAGAGCGUGUUCUUAGGGCUAAGAUCCGAGAACUACAACGGUACAGAAGAAAUGGUAUUACCAAAAUGGAGGAGUCUGCAGAAUAUGAAGCUGCAAGGCACAAAAGGGAAAAGAGGAAAGAAAACAAAAGCAGUGCUAAUGCAAAAUGGGGCAAAGAAGAAGGCAAAGAUGGGGAGUUUUCUGCAAUUGAAAAUCUUCCUGGAUUUGAUCUCCUUUCUGAUAGAGAAAAGGUACUAUGCAAUUCCUUAAACUUGAGCCCAACCCGCUAUCUUACAGUCAAAACUAUCAUCAUAAAGGACUACUUGCAAAAAAGACAAGGCAUUCCUGCAAAAAGUCGCCUUCCUAGUUACCUAGACAAGGUUCUUAAGAAGAGAAUUUUAACUUUUUUAACAGAAAGUGGAUGGAUAUCUAGAGAUGCAUCGUAAUGCACUUACGUUUUUUAGAACUACAUUGCAUUUAAUGUGAACAGUUGCUCCUGGAGGAGCUAGGCAAUUUUAAAAACUAAAAUGGAUGUUAUAUAUUUUUAGAUACGAGAAGUUGACUUUUUUUAAUUUAAUGUUUGUGUUUAUUUAUAUAAAAUCUGAGUAGUACAUCUGUAAAGCAGUGUUUGUGUUCCCAUGGAAACCAGGGUGUUUCAGCUGAGGGAGGUAUUCGUGGUCAGAGGAUAUUUCUUAAGUGUGAAUUAUUUGCACCUCUUUUGUUAUAGUAUAGUAUAAUAAAACCAUGUAUGCUAAGUUAAUCCGAGUAGAAAUGAGAUGCACUUAUGGCCAUGCCUACAAGUAUUGAUAAAUUUAAUAGUUAUCUUUCUAAAUGCAUAGAGUUUACCAAAUCUUUCCUUCAUGAGGAGCUGAAUGCCUUUGCACCUUAAUGGCUGCCUAGACAUGGGAGAUGAGUGCCAUACAGCGUAAUAACUGUCUAGUCAUAAACAUUAUUCAAAAAUUGCUAUACACCAGACUUGAAUUUUCAUUGUUAAUCUACUCUAAAAUCUUUGUUUGGAUUUGAGGGAGGGUGGGGACUGAGAAUUUUGGGCAGGGGAGUGUUAAGGUUGAUUCAGCUAUGAGAGUUAAUAACCAUUAAGAUUAAAUUUAGUUUGUUCAUGUCUGUAAUCAUUAAAUACAUCACAGCUUUUAUUCAUUUAAGCCCAAUGAAAAAAAAAUACAAAGCAUAUAGUUUGUCUGGCACAUCUUCAGUCAGUACACAAGUUUUGUGAGUAAUUAUUGUUUGGAAUGAAUAUUAAAACUUACUUUCACAUAUUGCAAUAGUUUACUAAUGCAGAGUUUUCAUUCAGAGAUUCAAGAUCCAGGUGAGUACAUUUUCAGUAGUUCAGUCCUGCAUUUGGAUGUGUUGUGACUGCUGAUUUAAUACAGUUUCUGUCCAAACAAAAUGGCUUUCAUUUCAUAUUUAGACUGCUGGAGGCUUUUAAGAGGUUAUGUAUGCCCAGUUGUGAUGCUGGAAGUUGCAGUUCUGUGUACUGCACUAAGUAUUUCCACUGAAAGUAAAACAAAAUACCCCCAAAAGAGGAAAAGCAGUCUGAAUGAAAAUUGUAACUCCAGUUUUGUAGAUAGGAGUUACGGAAUUAAUGUUAUCAAUAUGCUUUCUGUAGCUUGUUUUGUAACACUAUAAUCUUAUAAAUGGUUAGGACAGUGGGACAGCUAUAUGCAUAGUGCAUUUUCCCCAGGUCUUUUUUCUUCACCUAUUUUAUUUACCUUGUUCAUUUAAAAAAUCUUAAACAAGUGCAUUAUUUUAAUAAGUCUUAAUCUUACAGUGAAGCUCCUGUAUUUCAGUUCCUAGCUUUGGACAUUGUCUCUGCUUUCUGAGAAUUAUUUAUUGGUGACUUAAAACUUCAUUUUGUUCAUUGUUUUUUACAUUAGAGUUGGUUUCUUUUACAACACUCUAUAAAAGUUAUACUUUUAAUUGGCAGCUUAUAGAUUGGCAUACUUGUGACUACUACUUCUGUGUUGUCCGAAUGUUUUGCUUUGUGAACUAAUCAUAGCUAGGUCUUUUACUUCUUUUGUUCUUUGUGGGAAGAGGGUAGCAGAAAGUUGAGAUGCUAUGUGGCUGUAGCUGUGCCUUACUGUGAGGUAAGAGGUGUGUUUAAUGUUUGUGUAUGAAUUUGAUAGAUGAGUGGAAUUCAGAAAGGGUUCUCGUACUGCUCCUCCUCUAUAAUUUUAAAACAGUUUGCCUGCUUAAAUGGAAUCUGGAGAUAAAAAAAAAAUUAGUUGAUAUGAGACACCCUCCUCUGUGGGUUUACAACUGAGAUGUCUUUUUUUCUUUUUUCUGCUUUCUCCGUUUGUAUGCUUUUCUCAAACUCCCAUGACUGCAGUAACACUUUUCUUCUGGCAUACACUUGUCAUCUUGUGACAUACCAGGAGAGCAUAGUUAGACCCACCAUAUCUUACUGCUCUUUGUAUAGUUACUCCCUUAAGUACCAACAAAUCGAUGCUGAAACCUGAAGGUGCAGUAGGAAGAAGCUGUUGGUCUACCUCGCUGAUGGAAGGAUGUUUAUGGUUGUGAGCAACCAUUGUGAAUGUCUGCCAAAGCACCAUUAAAAUGCAAAGUAAGUAUAUAGCAGACAUCAGUCACACCCAACCCCACCCCCAAGUUGAAGUGCCAGAGCAUACUUGCAAACCUGCCAGCUGUUGGGGAGUGGUUCUUGGUUUUCCAAGGUGGAGGACAGUGUUUGUAUUUGAUACCGAGAACACUGUUCCUCAGGCCUCCUGUGGUUCAGUAGGGCUCACUGGUCCUGAAUAAUGAUAGUUCUCCAGCGUCUUCCAAUCCAGGGUUCUUGGAUGAGGCAGUUUUCAUCACAGUUUAUUUUCUGGUGGAAACUGUUUUGGUGUGUGUUUUAAGGACAUCUUUAGGGGAUAUAGCCUGAAGUUGAUACCAAGCCCAGUACGGGUUUCUUCUGUUCUUCACUUGCCUUCUCAGGCACAACCUUAUGUGCUGGUUCCCAUAACCUGACAUAUGGCAUUUACUUGCCAUAUACUGUGCUCCGUAUGUACUGGUCAUGUGCAGGUGCACCCAGUCUGAAGCAUUGCAUUGGCAUUUUCCUUCUCUCCUUCCGAGUAGCCAAAGUAUCAAUAAGUUGUUACUUUUAGAAGAAUCAUUAUAUUGAAACUUCACCUUCCUACAGGUCCCAUCUUCAGGCUGAUGGAAAACCUUAUAUGGAAUGUCUUGUACGCCCACCCCUUCCUGUAGAAAUGCAUGACUGUGCCGGGGAAGGAAAAGAAUGAGCCUUGAGUUAUUAUUCCUCUGGAGAUCUUUAUCACUAGUACCAGUCAUAUAGUUUGGAAUCAUCAUUGUACUGGUUCUUCUGUUCCUCUGUAAGUCCUUACUUGAGUGGAGUUAAUAUACUUUCUACAAGGAACUCCUGCAUCAUCUUUAGUCCAGAGCAUAUCCCAGAGAUCACAACAUCUUACUAGCUUGCCUUCUGAUAAGGAGUCCAGAGUCUGGAUGAUAUGGAAAUUUAAUUUUUUCCCCCUGGCAUGAUGGGGCUUAAGACAUUUUAUUGUUCUGUCUGGUCUCUUAUGAUUCUAGCCCUCUCCUACUGGACUAGACACUGCGAAAAUCUUUCAGACUGUUACAAACCCUAAACAUCUGGAGUAGUUAAAUAACACUGAGAGGAAUGAAGCCCAUUCCCAAUUCAGAGUACAAUUAAAGUUAAUGAAAUUAGUAUUGCUUCAGUCUCUUUUCCAAGGAUACUAUUCUCUGCUGUAUACCCACUGUUGCCUCCCCUGUACUGUCAGUAUAAGUAUGCUUAAUUGUUAUUUUGUUAUCUUAUUCAUGCCAUGUUUCCAUAGCCUAAUGUUUUAUAACUUUUAUAACUUUAUGCCUGUCCAUAUGCAGGGCAAUAUAGUAGCUAGGUGUAGCUGUUUCACUUGAUAAAUGACAAAAGUGUCAUUACUCUUAGAGUACAUUUUUCCCCUUGCUUCUAUUUUCUGGAAUAUUAAUAUUGGAUAAUGCCUCAGUACCACUUCAUUUGUGGUUCAUAUUUCCAGUGCUUCUCUGCUACCUGUGUGCAGUGUUUGCACAGUCAGACUGUAACUUUUUGCUGCGUUGCUGUGCCUUUCACUGAGCGUACAUAUCCUCAACCUUAAGUAUGUAACAAGAUGUGCAACUGUAUUCUGGUUCUGUACUAAACUUACAUUUUUUGUCUCUCACACUUCUGGGGUCGCUACUAUUAACCCUUCAUCUUUUGGUUUAAAGUCACCUCUCCUUAGCCAUUUGUGUGUCAAGUCUUCAUCAGCACGUGGUAGCUCUAAGAGUUCACUGUAACUGUUUUUUUGGUUGACUUUCCUUUUCUUCUGUUCAUGGUCUUUAUAUUCGUUUUGUUUUUGGCAACUUGUUUCCACCUGUCUUUCUUUUCUUGCUCUUUUUCAAAAUGCUUUUGCUAGUCUGAGAAAAGAUGCAUCUUGGAUUUGUCUUCAUGGCUUAGAAGUUUGUCUUUUUUUUUUUUUUUUCCUUUUCAUCUGAUGAAGUUAACAAACAUGUACAUGUAGUCAACUUCAAGGAGAUCCAUACCAUCUUCAUACCGAGGAAUAGAGAAUUGUACAACAUGCGUGUUUUACAUCAUUUUAUAAACAUUACAUGUUUUUUUGUUUUCGUGUCCAGCUGAGUCAGUGCAGUGGAAACAGUCAUUUUCUCCAAAGCUUUAAGUAAAAAACAUGAAAAGUGAUUUAUAGCUUGAAUUUUAUUCUUGGAUGUCAAGGCAGUUUUCAGUAUUAGUUUAUCACUAAGUUUUGUCCUUGUUUGCUCAUGCUGUAUUGCUGGCUCUUCUUUUGUUUCAAGUAUGUACUCCCUCGUGUUCAAGUUUUAUAUCUCAUUCCUUUUCCAAAUUCAUAUUUUCUUGAAGCUUCAUUUUUCCUGUAGUAAAUCUUGCUUUCACAUGUUUGGCAAGACCAGAUGUCCUCCUAAGUCUGCUGAAAAAGUAUUAGACAUUUGUAAUGGCUCAUUCAGUCGCUUGCCUGAAAGUGUGUACAGGUUUAAGGUUAUCCAUAAAAAAAGUGAGUGUGUUGUCAUUUGACAAGUUUUUUUUUUAGUCAAGCUGUAGCAAUAAGCCUUUCUGUUUAAGUAGACGGCUUAAUGGGUUAAGGACAAGGCAAAAUAGUGGUGACAGAGAAUGUCCUUGGAAUGUCUGUCUGUUUUUUUAUCACUGGGAUUUUAAUUUGACCUUUUUAAAAAGUUGUUUUUUCAUUGUUUCUUAGUGACUGCUACAUAGCAUACAUUUAUCAAAAUCUGUUUUAAUUUUGUAUGCAUUCCGUAACGCAUUGUAGAAUCUGGCAAAUGUUUUUUUUGUAAUGUAUCCAUGGCAUGCAUAGGUUCCACCUCUUACACCUGUUUUAUUGCUUGUUUUAUUGCUUGGUUUAAUGAUGCAUGUUCCUUUUUUCUGAAUGAUUCUCUGUAACUUUUUGGUUCUGUAGCCAUGAUUGCAUUUUUAUCUAAAUGACUGUAAACACCGUCUGCAUAAAGUCCAGUGUGUAAUUUAUAUUUUAUUAGAAUGCAAGUUAUUGGAGUGUAGUUCUUGAGACAGCUUGCAGAAUAGUGUUAUCUGUUAACCAGGUUGGCGCCCAGUCAGCAUAUAAACUUUUUGCUGAGGAUUAAAUCUUUGUGCAGAGGUGCUAAUACAGUCAGCUAGAAACUGAGCACUACAACUGGACUUGCAUUUUCUUCAGUUUUUCCAGCUUUUUCCUCCAUUUGGGAACCUUUCUUAAAUUUGUCUCUUUCUCUUUGGCUGUCAGUGUGUUCCAUUUCAUAUCCUUUAUAUUAGCAGUUCAAAUGAUUUAACCUGAUAUUAUAAUUGAAACAUCACAGGAAAGGAAAAUACUGAGCCUUUCUUGGAGAUUGAACCCAGACCCCUCCUACAGACACACACACUGCACAGUUAUCACUGCCUCUGAUAGGAAAAUACUGAGCCUUUCCUGGGGAUUGAACCCAGAGCCCUCCUACAGACACACACACACUGCACUCGCACUGCACAGUUAUCACUGCCUCUGAUGCCUCUGAACCAACAAGGAGUUGCUGGACAGUUAUGGACCUAUCCCCCCCCCCCCGGACAGUUGCGUGUUCUUCGCUUUCAUGGUGGUUUCACUGCUUUUUGGGUGGAGUGUACUAGGUACUUUAUCCUAGAUGGUGUCAAGACUUCUAAUCCUGUUGCAUCUUUGUUCUGAGCAGGACAGGACUUUUCUUUUGCAUCUUGGACUUCAACAGGAUGGCAAUGUGUAGCAGAGGUUAAAAAUAGUGCUGUCACUUUAAUACUUAUUUUAAUGGAGAGAGAUUAUAAUUAAUAAUGUAAAUUGCUAAGUGUUUAAAUAUGUUUUCAUUGAUUUUAUUGGUUGGCUGUGGUCAUAUGAUACAUAUUUUUUGUUUAUUAAGAGUUCCUGUUACAAUGUUAUGUAUUAGCACUGAAGAAGGGGUUAUCCCGAAAGCUUUUCUUUUUGCUCUCUAAUAAAUUACUUGCCAUUUGAAGUUGGAGUUUUUUUCCUUAUAUUCAAGUCUCUGACAGUUGUUCACUACUGCUAGUCCUUAUUUGGCUCGUAAGUUCUCUUUUCCCCAUGUCGGAGGAUUGCCUUUAUCAGUACUCCAUUGUCUGUUCCUGCCGAAGGAAAGGACCCAGAAAGUUGUCAGUGUAGCCUGGAUUGAGGACACAUUGUAGGGUCCAGGCUCCGACGCGGCUUUAUUUUCUGAGUUUAAUGGUAGUCAUAAUCACGUUGUCUUUCCCAUGUGUGAAGAUGUAGGUGUUGCAUUAGACUUCAAGGUGUUUGCAGAGUUGUCAUCCACUUACAUAUCCACUUCUGGUGUCAUAAUUCUGUCCUUGAAACUUGCAGUGCUGGGCAGUUCUCUCCACAGUCAUUAUGGCUGUUUUCUUUGUGCAGCUGAACCAUUUGCAGGUUGCACUGUUGUAUGCUUCACUGGAGAACUCAAGAGCCCAGCUUACCUGCUCUAGAGGUCAAAGUGACUGCCUCUGUCGAGGGGUCUCCAGUUCUUCAUGGCAUGACUGUUUUAAGGGAGAAACUUUUUUUCUGGGCAUCUCUAUCGGCCCAGCAGCCAGCCUGUUGGGUACCUGCGAUGGACAUGGCAUUGAACCUCCCCCCCUGCUGAGAGGGGAUACAUGUCCAGAAGUGGGCUACGGUGCAGUGCAUCAUGCUUUCAUCAUUCCAGAAGAAGAAAAUACAUGUCUUUGUGAGUUGUUUCUGCAGUUCGCACUUGGAGCUGCGGUAUAUUGGAGUGUUGUCUGGUAAGGCCCUUCUAAGUGUUGGUGACCCCAGAGAUAAACUUGUUUGGUGUCCAGAAAAAUGCAGGGAGCUGGAAGUAGUUCUUUUCCCUCCAGUGGUAUAGAAAGUCUCUGCACAUCUUCGUCUGCUCCAAUUGAUUCUACACCUCAUCACAAAAAAAAAAAAAAAAAGACCAAACUUAUUCUCAUCACCCCUUUUUGGCUGAAGUAGGUGUGGUUUCCAGCUCUUCUGUUCAUAGCAAUGGAGGUGGGGAGUAAUCAUAGCUGCUAGGAUGCCUUCUGCAUAUUAGACUUGCUCUACUUACUGGUAAAAUAAGUUAGAAGCACCUGUACACUGAUAAUUCAGUAUGUAGGUGCAGACAGUUCACAUGUGUGCUGGAUGUCUAAUUCUGGGGUCAGAGUGAAUGUGUUGCCAAGCAGUUCCUUAAGGGGUUUUGGCAUCUCUGCCUCCUUGAAGAAUUUUCUGCCUCCAGGUGACUUCAAGCCUGCUGGCUCUUCAGUAUUGGGAGCUGCUGUUCCUUUUGCCCAUUGCCUUUGCCUACAGAGUCUGAGCUCCAGUCCCUUGCCUUUUAAGAACUGUUGCUAGCCUUCCGCAAGUUUUGGGUGUCCCUUAGCAUUAAUCCGUUAUCAAUCCCAUGAGUCAUCUCAGAAAUGUCCACAGAUCAGGUCAUCUACCUUUUUGUUUCAUCUGCAAGGGCAAAAGUGCUAUAAAUGUUUUGUAGGUAUAACUCUCAGCUUAACUGUAGAAUUCUGGACAAAGUAAAAAAUAAUGGGGGAGAGGAGAAAAUGCACAACAUUAGGGACAUUUUUAAAUAUUAUUCUUGUAUGCUUAGAAAGUUGAUAGAACAAGUUUUGCAUUAGCAUGCAUUUUCAGAAGGGUAUGAAAUCAGAAACUCAAAUAUCAUCUGUCAUUUUUACUGAAUCAUACUUUGGAUGUGCACUGUCAGCUCAGGUUCUGCUGGAAGCUUGUGAUUAAUUUCUGAAGAUGGAACAACUGUUCUGCUUUGCUUCAGGGAUCGAGGGGUUAGCAGUAAUUAAGCAAACCUUCUUCAAGUGGACUGCUAUCGCUAUGUAAUACCCCCCCCCCCCCAAUCGGGCAGUGAGUCAUCAUUUGAAAAUGCUGCUUUGAAAGACCACUUCACCAGACAUACAUUGCUUGCUUUGAAAUGACUCCAUUAUGGAGGUGUCAUCAUUCAUCAGUCAGUUUACAGCUUUAUCAUGCAUCCUGUUGGACUGUUACUGCAGGUAUUGAUCCUAACUUGGUGUUUUUGAUAUUACAUUUAAUCUGCCUUUUGAGUGUUCACUUAUAGGACUUGUGGCUUCUACCUCCUUUGUCAUUUUACACGGCUUUGUUUAUCUUCCUGUGGAAGAUGCACUAAGGAGAGGACCUAUUGUCAAGUGUAACAGAUACUUUUUCACAGUAUUUGUUCUCUGAGGAGGCUUUCUUUUAAUAGGUCCAGAUUACUGUUUAGCCUUAUCCCUUUGUCUGGAUGGCCCCUCAAUCUAACAACUGCUGUUCGAGUUCCUUUCGAGUUGGGCAAGUGUAUAUUUAUGCAUCUUGUUCAGUGUCCACAGAUUGAGAACUUUGAACGGGCAGUUUAAACGGGAAAGGCUAUCCUCCUCUUUUUAGACCUCUGAUGUACAGUGUGAAUGUACCUACUAUUUUUAUAGAUUUUUCUGUGGUUGGCUGAGAUGUGCUUAGUUACAGUGGUUUUAUUGUGUGUUGCUUGUGCCUUGUUUUUAUUUUUCUGGCUGAGAGAACAAGAUCUCUGAAAUGAUUGGCUUACAGUGUGUACUAUUAGUAUUUAAACCAUGCCAUUGUUAUGAAAGCAGUGUUAUAAAAACUGCUCUCUCUCAAGCUGAGACAUUUGUAGCAUAUGAGGUAAACUGUCAGUCUCUUUCCAAAAAGUAGCCUAACACUACAUGCUGUUGCUGUGGACUGCUGUUUGUCGUAAAUCAUGCCAGAGUUAUCCAAUAUGACUUAUUUCUUUUAUGUUUUUCUGUUUUCCUGUGUGUUGCACCACAAUAGAAAUGUUUAAACAUUUUAACAGUUAAAAGCACCAUAUUCCCAGACUUGCAGCUUUCACAAAAUGGUAUGAAAUACCAAUAAUGUGGUAUUAUCAUUUUGCCAUAUUUCUGGUUAAAAGCAAAUUCCAUUUUUAAUUUUGUAUAAAAUGUAUUUACAUCUGUUCAAUCUGCUUGUUUUUCUUCUAGUCAAAAUGAGUACAAAUGCUUCAGAUUUCUUUUUUAAUUUUGUAUAAAAUGUAUUUACAUCUGUUCAAUCUGCUUGUUUUUCUUCUAGUCAAAAUGAGUACAAAUGCUUCAGAUUUCUUUUUCUUAUCAUGAACUGGACCUUUAAGUAUCUCAGGAGUAGUUUAAAUCAGUUUUAAAACUGGCAGGGUGGCACAGUUAGUCUUAGAUGAUUAUUUUAAGAAUUUUAUUUUUGCACACUGUUAUCCUGGUAAUGUGGACAUGCGUCAGUUGCGGUACGUGUAAGUGUAUGAAGACCUGUAUUUUUGGUUUUACCAAGUCGUAUUAAUGCUUUUUUUUCUGUGCUUAAUGUUUGUCUAGACCUCAUGUAGAGGUCUUUAAAUUAAUAAUAAAGUCUGUUUAAUUUAA